CCCUUAAAAGAAGCAGCAGCAGCCCCCAAAGGGCAGUUGGAAUGCAAGCGUAAGGAACGUCCCGGUCUCUGAGGAGAGGCGCCCGACUGGCGCUCGGAGAGCCGCCCUAGCCGAACGCCAGCUGCCGCCGCCGGCCGCACCGCGCGCCUUCCUGCCGAGCGGAGCCAUGUCCCCCUGGCUGCCGCGGCCGCUGCUGCUGCUGCUCCCGCUGCUGCUGCUGCUCCCGCUGCUGUUGGCCGCCGCGGAACCGCCGAGCGCCAAAGGAAUCUCCUAUGCAACCGCCUACUGGAUGAGUGCUCAGAAGACAGUGAAAAUCAGAAAUGUGUUGGAUGUGAAUGGGGAUGCUUACGGCUUUUACAACGACUCUAUGAAAACCACAGGUUGGGGCAUCCUGGAAAUCAGAGCUGGGUAUGGCUCUCAGACCCUAAGCAAUAAGAUGAUCAUGUAUGUGGCCGGCUUUUUGGAGGGUUACCUCACUGCCCCGCACAUGGCUGAUCAUUAUACAAACCUCUACCCGCAGCUGAUCCAGCAGCAGUUCAUCCUGAAUAAAGUGAAGGAUUUCAUGGAGAAGCAAGAUCAGUGGGCCCGGGAAAAUGCCAAACAAUACAAAAAUGACUCAUUUUGGAGACACACGGGCUAUAUUUUGGCGCAGUUGGAUGGGCUAUAUGCAGGAGCCGUUCAGAGAGCCACGUCAGAUGGGACAAAGCCCAUGUCCAUGUUCCAGAUUCAGUUUCUGAAUGCUGUGGGGGAUCUGUUGGAUCUGAUUCCUGCGCUUUCUCCCAUAAAAAGCACCAGCCUGAAAUUUUACAAGAGAUGGGACAUGGGACACUGCUCUGCUCUCAUCAAGGUUCUUCCUGGGUUCGAGAACAUCAUUUUUGCCCACUCAAGCUGGUACACGUAUGCGGCCAUGCUCAGGAUAUACAAACACUGGGACUUCAACAUUGCAGACAAAGAGACCAGUAGUACUCGCCUCUCUUUCAGCAGUUACCCAGGGUUUCUGGAGUCUCUGGAUGACUUCUACAUCCUCAGCAGUGGGCUGAUAUUGCUGCAGACCACCAACAACGUGUAUAAUUAUACUCUGAGAAAGCAGGUGACGCCUGAAAGUCUCCUGGCCUGGCAAAGAGUCCGUGUGGCCAACAUGAUGGCAGACAGUGGCAAGAGGUGGGCAGAGGUCUUUCUAAAAUACAACUCUGGUACCUAUAAUAAUCAGUACAUGGUCCUAGACCUGAAGAGGGUGAAGCUGAACUACAGCCUUGACAGAGGCACUCUGUACAUUGUGGAGCAGAUUCCUACAUACGUAGAAUAUUCUGAACAAACGGAUAUUCUGCGGAAAGGAUAUUGGCCCUCCUACAACAUUCCUUUUCAUGAAAAGGUCUUCAACUUGAGUGGCUACCCAGUGUAUGUUAAGAGGCUGGGCCUGGACUACUCCUAUGAUUUAUGUCCACGAGCCAAAAUCUUCCGCCGUGACCAAGGGAGAGUGACAGAUAUGACAUCCAUGAAAUACAUCAUGCGAUACAACAAUUAUAAGUCGGAUCCUUACAGUCGGGGUGAUCCCUGCGAUACCAUAUGCUGCCGCUUGGACCUCAGCAAGACUAACCCAGUUCCCUUUGGUUGCUAUGACACAAAGGUGUCAGAUGUCCACCUAGCUUCCCAGUAUACAGCCUAUGCCGUCAGUGGCCCCACCGUGCAGGAUGGGCUCCCUGUUUUUCACUGGAGUCGUUUCAACAAAACCCUUCAUCAGGGCAUGCCGGACACCUACAAUUUUGAUUUUAUUACCAUGAAACCGAUUUUGAAAAAGAUGAAGGAGGAUGAAGCUGAAGGUAACGGAAUGAAAUAGAAGGCAGAUAAAAAGAUACCAAAGGCACUAUUUUGCUAUGUUUUUUCUUGUCAAAAGCAUUCUUAAUAAAAUACAUUAAAUCA